CGCGUGCUGACUCCUUCCGAGGGCUUCGCGUCUUAGGCGAGACAGCGGGACCUUCAAGGUGCGCGGCUUGGAGUGGUCGGAGCGCGCGGAACUUUCACGGACAAGGAGACAAGGAACAACGCUGGGCUGCGGGGGAAGGGAGAGAGGAGGACGGUGGUUCACGAGGCGUCGCGUUGCCGCGGAGGGAUUCUGUUUCUUGGGGUGGCGGAGGGAUUUUACAGUACGUUAACUUCCGGAAAGUCCUGGCCCCGUGAGGAAAAGCCCCGAAGGAAACAAUAACAAACGAGAGGAGGAAGCGAUUCUGGGGUUCCUGUGUUGAGCAGUUCUUGUCGGAGAAGAUGAGCUUCGGCCCCUGUCAGGGGACGUGAAAGGCUUUGGUGGGCUUCAGCCGGCCUUUCUCCACCUGUUUUCCCCACUGGGGCCCCCCGGGUAUUGCCAUGGCGGCUGUGGGGACGGGGGGCUACGCGGCGGAGUUCGCCCCCCCGGAGUGCCCAGUCUUUGAGCCCAGCUGGGAGGAGUUCACAGACCCGCUCAGCUUUAUCGGCCGCAUCCGGCCUCUGGCAGAGAAAACCGGCAUCUGCAAAAUCCGACCGCCCAAGGAUUGGCAACCUCCAUUUGCAUGUGAAGUAAAAAGCUUUCGAUUCACUCCCAGAGUCCAGCGCCUGAAUGAACUUGAGGCAAUGACCAGAGUGAGACUGGACUUCUUAGAUCAAUUAGCAAAAUUUUGGGAACUUCAAGGAUCUACUUUGAAGAUCCCUGUGGUGGAGAGAAAAAUCCUGGAUCUGUAUGCUUUGAGCAAGGUUGUUGCCAGCAAAGGAGGUUUUGAAAUGGUCACCAAAGAGAAGAAAUGGUCUAAAGUGGGUAGCCGCUUGGGAUAUCUGCCAGGAAAAGGAACUGGGUCUCUUCUGAAGUCACACUAUGAAAAAAUUCUCUACCCAUAUGAGCUUUUCCAAUCUGGUGUCAGCCUUAUGGGUGUACAAAUGCCUAAUUUAGAGCUUAAGGAAAAAGUGGAGCCUGAGGUUCUUGGCACUGAUGUCCAAACUUCCCCAGAGCCGGGCACAAGAAUGAACAUUCUGCCAAAGAGAACAAGACGGGUCAAGUCUCAGUCAGAAUCUGGAGAAGUAAAUAGAAACACAGAAUUGAAGAAACUUCGUAUUUUUGGGGCUGGGCCUAAGGUCGUGGGCCUGGCAAUGGGAGCAAAAGAUAAAGAAGAUGAGGUCUCCCGAAGACGAAAAAUUACCAACAGGUCAGACGCAUUUAACAUGCAAAUGAGACAACGGAAAGGAACUCUCUCUGUUAACUUUGUUGAUCUCUAUGUUUGUAUGUUUUGUGGUCGGGGAAAUAAUGAAGAUAAAUUGCUUUUGUGUGAUGGAUGCGAUGACAGCUAUCAUACAUUUUGUUUAAUUCCCCCACUACCUGAUGUGCCCAAAGGAGACUGGAGGUGUCCUAAGUGUGUUGCUGAGGAAUGUAAUAAGCCUCGAGAAGCCUUUGGAUUUGAACAAGCUGUACGAGAAUAUACACUUCAGAGUUUUGGAGAAAUGGCAGAUAAUUUUAAGUCUGAUUAUUUCAAUAUGCCAGUCCAUAUGGUUCCCACAGAACUAGUAGAGAAGGAAUUCUGGCGGCUGGUGAGCAGCAUUGAAGAAGAUGUUAUUGUAGAAUAUGGAGCUGAUAUCUCCUCAAAAGACUUUGGAAGUGGAUUUCCUGUAAAGGAUGGUCGGAGAAAGAUGCUUCCAGAAGAAGAGGAAUAUGCGCUUUCUGGUUGGAACUUGAAUAACAUGCCUGUUCUAGAGCAGUCUGUUCUUGCACAUAUCAAUGUAGACAUCUCUGGUAUGAAAGUGCCAUGGCUCUAUGUGGGAAUGUGUUUCUCGUCUUUUUGCUGGCAUAUUGAAGAUCACUGGAGUUACUCCAUCAAUUACUUGCACUGGGGGGAGCCAAAGACAUGGUAUGGUGUGCCAUCUCAUGCUGCAGAGCAACUGGAGGAGGUGAUGAGGGAGCUGGCCCCUGAAUUAUUUGAAUCCCAGCCGGAUCUUCUACACCAGUUAGUCACCAUCAUGAACCCCAAUGUGCUAAUGGACCAUGGUGUGCCUGUGUACAGGACCAAUCAGUGUGCUGGCGAGUUUGUUGUGACGUUUCCUCGUGCCUAUCAUUCUGGAUUUAAUCAGGGCUACAACUUCGCUGAAGCUGUGAACUUCUGUACUGCUGACUGGUUGCCAAUUGGACGACAGUGUGUCAAUCAUUACCGACGAUUAAGGCGCCAUUGUGUCUUUUCACACGAGGAACUCAUUUUCAAAAUGGCAGCAGAUCCAGAAUGCUUAGAUGUAGGGCUGGCUGCCAUGGUGUGCAAAGAAUUGACUCUCAUGACUGAAGAAGAGACACGAUUAAGGGAGUCUGUUGUACAAAUGGGUGUCCUGAUGUCAGAAGAAGAAGUGUUUGAACUUGUCCCUGAUGAUGAGCGACAGUGUUCAGCAUGCAGAACCACAUGUUUUCUCUCUGCUCUCACUUGCUCCUGUAAUCCUGAGCGCCUUGUGUGUCUCUACCAUCCGGCUGAUCUGUGCCCCUGCCCCAUGCAGAAGAAAUGUCUUAGAUAUCGCUACCCAUUAGAGGACCUCCCUUCUCUGCUAUAUGGUGUGAAAGUCAGGGCACAGUCCUAUGACACGUGGGUCAGUCAUGUUACAGAAGCAUUAUCUGCCAACUUCAACCACAAGAAAGAUUUGAUUGAAUUACGAGUAAUGCUGGAAGAUGCUGAGGAUAGGAAGUACCCAGAAAAUGAUCUCUUUAGAAAACUCAGGGACGCUGUAAAAGAAGCUGAGACCUGUGCUUCUGUGGCUCAGCUGCUUCUGAGCAAAAAACAGAAACACAGGCAGAGCCCAGAUAGUGGGAGGACUCGGACCAAACUGACAGUGGAAGAAUUGAAGGCCUUUGUCCAACAACUUUUUAGUCUCCCUUGUGUCAUCAGCCAAGCUCGACAAGUAAAGAAUCUGCUUGAUGAUGUGGAAGAGUUUCACGAACGUGCGCAAGAGGCCAUGAUGGAUGAAACCCCAGAUUCUUCCAAACUCCAGCUGUUAAUAGACAUGGGCUCUAGUCUCUAUGUGGAGUUACCUGAAUUAGCCCGACUAAAGCAAGAGCUACAACAGGCUCGAUGGUUGGAUGAAGUGAGACUGACUCUGUCAGAUCCACAGCAAGUCACUUUGGAUGUCAUGAAGAAAUUGAUAGACUCUGGGGUGGGGUUGGCACCCCACCAUGCUGUGGAGAAGGCCAUGGCUGAACUACAGGAGCUCCUUACAGUCUCUGAGCGAUGGGAGGAAAAGGCUAAGGUCUGCCUACAGGCAAGACCACGGCACAGCGUGGCUAGUUUAGAAAGCAUCGUGAAUGAAGCUAAGAACAUUCCAGCCUUUCUACCCAAUGUGUUGUCCCUGAAAGAAGCCUUACAAAAGGCUCGAGAAUGGACAGCUAAAGUGGAAGCUAUUCAGAGUGGCAGCAACUAUGCUUACUUGGAGCAGCUGGAGAGCUUGUCUGCCAAAGGGCGCCCUAUCCCUGUGCGUCUUGAUGCAUUGCCCCAAGUAGAAUCCCAGGUAGCAGCAGCUCGGGCAUGGAGAGAACGGACUGGACGUACCUUUCUUAAGAAGAAUUCUAGCCAUACAUUGUUACAGGUGCUAAGUCCCCGUACUGACAUUGGUAUAUAUGGAAGUGGUAAAAACAGAAGGAAAAAAGUAAAAGAAUUAAUAGAAAAAGAAAAAGAAAAGGAUCUGGAUCUUGAGCCUCUGAGUGACCUAGAGGAAGGAUUGGAGGAAACCAGAGAUACAGCCAUGGUGGUGGCAGUUUUCAAAGAACGGGAGCAAAAAGAGAUUGAAGCCAUGCAUUCCCUCAGAGCAGCCAAUCUAGCCAAGAUGACAAUGGUGGACCGCAUAGAAGAAGUAAAAUUUUGUGUUUGCCGCAAGACAGCCAGUGGGUUUAUGCUACAAUGUGAGCUCUGCAAAGACUGGUUCCAUAACAGCUGUGUUCCCCUGCCUAAAUCAAAUUCCCAGAAAAAAGGGUCUAGCUGGCAGGCUAAAGAAGUAAAAUUCCUUUGCCCUCUUUGUAUGCGGUCUCGAAGGCCAAGGCUAGAGACUAUUCUGUCACUUCUGGUAUCCCUUCAGAAGUUGCCUGUACGGUUGCCUGAAGGAGAGGCCCUGCAGUGUUUAACAGAACGCGCUAUGAGUUGGCAAGAUAGAGCACGGCAGGCCCUGGCCACUGAUGAACUGUCCUCUGCCCUGGCCAAGCUGUCUGUGUUGAGCCAGCGUAUGGUGGAGCAGGCAGCUCGAGAAAAAACUGAAAAGAUCAUCAGUGCAGAACUCCAAAAAGCAGCUGCCAAUCCAGACUUACAGGGACAUUUACCUAGUUUCCAGCAGUCUGCUUUUAACCGGGUGGUGAGCAGUGUAUCUUCUUCCCCUCGACAAACAGUGGAUUAUGAUGAUGAAGAAACAGAUUCCGAUGAAGACAUUCGGGAGACAUAUGGGUACGACAUGAAGGACACAGCUAGUGUGAAGUCCUCCAGUAGUCUGGAACCCAAUCUUUUUUGUGAUGAAGAGAUUCCCAUUAAGUCUGAGGAGGUGGUCACACACAUGUGGACAGCGCCUUCAUUCUGUGCAGAACAUGCUUAUUCUUCUGCUUCUAAGACUUGUUCUCAAGGUUCUAGCACCCCGAGGAAACAACCUCGGAAGAGCCCUUUGGUGCCCCGAAGUUUGGAACCUCCCGUGUUGGAGUUGUCACCUGGGGCUAAAGCCCAGCUGGAAGAACUUAUGAUGGUUGGAGAUCUCCUAGAAGUAUCUCUGGAUGAGACUCAACACAUAUGGCGGAUUUUGCAGGCCACACACCCACCCUCUGAAGACAGAUUUCUGCAUAUCAUGGAGGAUGAUAGCAUGGAAGAGAAACCAUUAAAAAUAAAAGGCAAGGAUUCUUCAGAGAAGAAACGGAAACGGAAGCUAGAAAAAGUAGAACAGCUUUUUGGAGAAGGAAAACAGAAGUCCAAGGAGUUAAAGAAAAUGGAUAAACCUAAAAAGAAGAAAUUAAAAUUAGGUGCGGAAAAAUCAAAGGAGCUGAACAAACUGGCCAAGAAACUAGCAAAAGAAGAAGAGAGAAAGAAAAAGAAGGAAAAGGCUGCUGCAGCCAGAGUUGAACUUGUCAAAGAGAAUACUGAGAAGAAGAGAGAGAAAAAAGUGCUGGACAUCCCCUCCAAGUAUGACUGGUCAGGAGCAGAGGAAUCUGAUGAUGAGAAUGCUGUGUGUGCAGCACAGAACUGCCAACGGCCCUGCAAGGACAAGGUAGACUGGGUACAAUGUGAUGGUGGCUGUGAUGAGUGGUUUCAUCAAGUCUGUGUGGGUGUAUCUCCAGAAAUGGCGGAAAACGAAGAUUACAUCUGUAUAAACUGUGCAAAGAAGCAGGGGCCAGAUAGCCCAGGUCAAGCACCAGCUCCCUCCUUCAUAAUGAGCUACAAACUACCAAUGGAGGACCUUAAGGAGACCAGUUAGCAGAUGCUGGGUUAGUUUGAGACAUGGGGAAAAUGGACCACAUUGAGAGACCUUAGGCAUCAAGUCAGGUGGUUUAGAUCCACUCAGUGUUGCUUCCAAAGACGAAUGGCCUUCAGAGCAAGUCCUCUUAGCUGGCUUCCUCUUUGCAUGGAUUGUGUGAUCUACAUUCUGUGUCAGCACAUCUGUGCAGAGGGUGUCUUCUUUGGUACAGCAGCCAGUAUUUCAGUUCGUGUCUCCUCUGAGUAUGGUUUGUUAAAUUAAGGCCAGACAUUUGAUUGAGCUCCAGGGUGGCCGGCUGGCAUUAAAUAUGUUGGUGUGCCGCAGGGCGUGUAGGGUGUGGCUUAGGGCCAGUUGCUAGCAGUUAGAGGUUUACAGCCUGGGGUAGCACCAUCUGGUGGUGCUGGUUAUUGUAUCUCUUUAGUUAGGAUAGUUGCAGAGGAGUCAAGAGUUCUACUUUUUUCCCACUGUUAACCUGGCAUUUAAUGCCCUGCAGAUACAACUAGGAGAGGAACAGGGCUGAAGUUAACUCCUGUUAGAUGUCUUGGGAUUGUAGCACAGUCCGUAUAUCUCAGCUACUUGUGCUUGUUUGUACCAAGAAGAAAACCCCAAAUGAGAGGCAGGUCACCAUAUCUUCCUAAGGAGGAGGAUGGCAUCUAGUUCAGAAAUCUGACUAGAUUGGAUUCUGGGAAGAGGAGCUUGUAUUAUUUCUAGGCAAGGAGCCUUUUUUGGCUUAGAGAAGUCUUGCUGUCUUGGGUCUACAUUUUAGAGAAGAGCAGGUACAUGGAUCCAGGCUUCGGCAGAAAAGAAGAAGACAAGCCAAUGUUUUACUGAGCCACAGUGAUGCAUGCUUUUUGGGGAGCCCUGCACUCCCCAGUACCAGAUACCACCAGGCUUCAGGCAUGGCCGUGAGCAAGACCAGCACAUAACAGCUUUUGCCUUGCAGCCCUGACGCCAUGUCUACUGUGCCCAACAGGCGAUUCAUUCCUGAUUGUGGCCACAGCAGAUGCUGCUGAGUAACACCAUGGCUUCAUCAGAGGAUGUCGGGCUGGAGGACCUUGGGGUGAUGAAGUUGUUUUAGUAAAUCCAUUUUUUUUAAAAAAAAAAAAGGACUUGUUUUUACUUUUUUCUAAAUGUCUCUGACUACUGACUAUUCUAUAAAUAGAUUAUUUUUCCUUUUUUAAUAUACAUAUAUCAAUAUAUAAAUAUAUAUAUUUACUGUUACCAGCAGCAUAUGACAGAGUUUCAGUAUCAGAAAUCCAUUUGGGGGCUUGCUUACUCUUUUUUUGCUUUUCAAUAAAGAAAUCCCAUUCCUUCCUUGUAGUACAAGGAGUUAGCACUUCCUUCUCCAUCCUAGCCUGACCAGAUCUUCCAUAUUGUUUUUGUUCAAAUAAAUAAUUAUAUUUCCUUUGUGUGUUGGGACUUGUCCCUGUCUCUUGGGAAACUUGGUCUUACUAUAUCUGUGACAGCUAUUUUAUUUUGUAUGUGAAAUGAAUGUUUGAAACUAUGGUGCUGUGUCUCCUCCCUCCUGUUAUCUGUUCUUGCUAAGGUGUUAGGUAACCUGUGUGGAAACUCUCAUUGGAAGGGUGAGAAGGGGACUAAUUUUUUUUUUUUUAAGGAAAAAAAAAACAAGCUAAAAAAAUAGUGUUUGUCUUCACUAUCCUGUGUCCCUUUAAUUUGGUUUAAAAAUCUGUGGUUUGACUUAAAUUCAUCAGUUUUACUUUUAAAAGGGGGGCAGUGAGGUGGGCCUAAAGAAUAGCUUAUUGUCUCCCCUUCCCAUUUUGCCCCAAUUUGUUUUAAAGAAAUGUCUUCUAGUAACUAGAAGUGAAAUGUACUGUCCAGUUACAGUUUGAGUGGGUACGAGAUUUAACUCAAAAGGCAUCUUACUGAAAAGAAAAAAAGCUCUUCUAUAAAGUCCAGUUGUGUAAGUGCUUUCGCUGUUGUUCAUACUACCUAUUUUUUUUAGUUACUCUUUCCUUAAUCGUAUAUAAUAUUUUGAGUGUUUUGACCUGUUAAGAGGUUCAUAAGCAUUGCUCUGCAAGUGUCUUGAGAAUCUCA